CAUGUCUGGUGUCAUUUUGAAUGUCCUAGUGGAGCAUGUUCAUCUCUACAACUCAAAAACUGGCAUUGUGUUCAGAACCACCAGGGGAAGAGGUGGUUACAUCAAGGAGAUAGUUAUAUCAGACAUAGUUAUAUUAAAGAACAUGACUGGGACAAGAUUCUCAACCUUUUGGACUUGGCUGGCUAUGGAGUAGCUGUAGCCGUUUCCAAAGAAUUUAAGGGUUCAUUUCGUGGUCUCACAUAUAAAUCUCCACUGCUUGAUCUUAUGAUCAAAAGUGGGAGAAAUGGCAAAAACAAUGGGAAAGGAUACUACUUUUAUGAAAAGGGUAGCAAGCCAAAACCCGAUCUUUCAAUAUUACCAAUUGUUGAAGAGUCGAGAAGACUUGCCAAUAUUAUGCCUGGUGGAAAGCCUAUAUUUAUUACUGACCAAGAGAUUGUAGAGAUGAUACUAUUUCCAAUAGUGAACGAGGCAUGCCGUGUUUUAGAUGAAGGAAUGGUUAUUCAAGCAUCAGACCUCGACAUUGCUUGUGUUCUUGGGAUGAGCUUCCCUAGUUACAGUGUAUUUUCAGAUGUAUUUGAUGAGAAAAUUUUCAAGAAUCUGAAAGUUGGCUCCCGAGCUAGAAAACACUUUACUUCAUGGUCUGGUGUGGGUUAAAUGUUACUAAAGAUAUUUUGUGCAUUUAAAUGUUACUAAAGAUCCAUUGUAAUAUUUUUUUUUUUGUUAACAAAAAAAAUCUUUUGUAACAUUUAUUUGAGUAUUACUAUAGAAUAUCUAUUGUAAUAUUUUUUAAAAUGUUAUUAGAAAGAUUUAUUGUGA